GCUCGCGUCACUGUCCGCGCCGGGUCCGCCCUGAGUUCGUGGCCAGCAGCCGUCCACCCGGCGUCGCGUUCUGGAUUGUGGCGGCCCUGGAUCCGGCGUCAGGGCGACCGGGAGGACGAGGUGGAGCCAGAGUCGGUCAGACGGGUUGGUGAAGGGCGCGGGGCCGGGCACGGCGUUGGGAGUGCGCUGCAGGGACCGACUAGACGGGCUGCAGGCACCUCAGAGCCCGGGACACCCCCUCAACGUCCGCAGGCGCGAUGAAGGCACUGAUCUUAGUGGGGGGCUAUGGGACGCGGCUACGGCCGCUGACACUGAGCACCCCGAAGCCACUGGUGGACUUCUGCAAUAAGCCCAUCUUGCUGCACCAAGUGGAGGCGCUAGCUGCGGCAGGCGUGGACCACGUGAUCCUGGCCGUGAGCUACAUGUCACAGGUGCUGGAGAAGGAAAUGAAGGCACAGGAGCAGAGGCUGGGAAUCCGAAUCUCCAUGUCCCAUGAAGAGGAGCCUUUGGGGACAGCUGGGCCCCUGGCGCUGGCCCGUGACCUGCUCUCUGAGACUGCAGACCCUUUCUUCGUCCUCAACAGUGACGUGAUCUGCGAUUUCCCCUUCCAAGCCAUGGUGCAGUUCCACCGGCACCAUGGCCAGGAGGGCUCCAUCCUGGUAACCAAGGUGGAGGAACCCUCCAAGUACGGUGUGGUGGUGUGUGAGGCUGACACAGGCCGAAUUCAUCGGUUUGUGGAGAAGCCACAGGUGUUUGUGUCCAAUAAGAUCAACGCAGGCAUGUACAUCCUGAGCCCUGCGGUGCUGCGGCGCAUCCAGCUGCAGCCUACGUCCAUUGAGAAGGAGGUCUUCCCCAUUAUGGCCAAGGAGGGGCAGCUAUAUGCCAUGGAGUUGCAGGGCUUCUGGAUGGACAUUGGGCAGCCCAAGGACUUCCUCACUGGCAUGUGCCUCUUCCUGCAGUCACUGAGGCAGAAGCAGCCUGAGCGGUUGUACUCAGGCCCUGGCAUUGUGGGCAACGUGCUGGUGGACCCAAGUGCCCGCAUCGGCCAGAACUGCAGCAUUGGCCCCAAUGUGAGCCUGGGACCUGGCGUGGUGGUCGAAGAUGGUGUGUGUAUCCGGCGGUGCACGGUGCUGCGGGAUGCCCGGAUCCGCUCCCAUUCAUGGCUUGAGUCCUGCAUUGUGGGCUGGCGCUGCCGUGUGGGCCAGUGGGUAAGCCUGUGGGCUGGGCCAGGUGGGGAGAGGGGCAGGGAGUGUGCCUGUCUCCCUGACAAGGCCUAUCCUCUCCUGGAGGUUCGCAUGGAGAACGUGACAGUGCUGGGUGAGGACGUCAUAGUUAACGAUGAGCUCUACCUCAACGGAGCCAGCGUGCUGCCCCACAAGUCUAUUGGCGAAUCAGUGCCAGAGCCUCGUAUCAUCAUGUAAGGGGAUGCAGUGGGGCUGGCCGAGCCCCGGUUUUCCCAUCAGCAAGGGGAGAGUGCUGGCCUGACACAUCAGAAGACCCUGGACUUGUUAUCUGUCUGGGGGGCACUGGGUGAAGCUGAAGCUGUUGGACACCUGCCUUCUCAUGUGGACAUCAUCUGGCAGGAUCCCUGCUGGGCACACCCCACAAACCCCACUCCCUCAAGAAGGGCCAGGGCCAGGGCUGUAUGGAAUAAUAAUUUAAUGCUGACUGUGGCCCUGACUGAGAGUCAAGCUCAGGCACAAUUAGGGCCAUGGCUGGGCUCCCACCAAUGAGAAUACAGGCAGGCAAGGAGGUUGGAUGUGGUGGUGGUGGCGGGGGGGGGGGGGGGGCAGAUACAGGAGAAGGGCAAAGGGAGCUCAUAAAUAGGGCCCAGCCUGGCUCUGGGUUCAAGGGUGGAGGUUCCAGGAUGGCACAGGCUGUGAGGGCUAGGCAGCUGAGGAGGUAGUACUCGUAUUGGCUCCCUUCUCCCAGUCCUCUACAGACACGAUGGUGGCUUUGCAGAAGAAGCAGUCUUUGUUGUUCAUCAGGUGCUGGUUGAUGCAGGCUCUACAACAGGGGAGGGGAUGAGGACUGCCCUGCAUGUAUCUACUGCUCUCCCCACUACCAAGCUGUGGGGACCACUUACUUGCACGACUUGUGGCCACAGGGCUGGAACACAGCAGAGAUGGGGUGGGCAUAGCAGAUGGGGCAGAGGUCCUCCUCACUGGUGGGCUGCAGGGAGGAGAGUGAAGGGUGGGCUGGAGUUGGAUGCCUGGCUGUGUGGAUGUCCGCUGUGCCUAUGUAGGAGUGCACACAUAUUCAAGUGGCAUGGACCUGUGCACCAUGGUCCCACUCACCAGAGAGGCAGCUGCUGCCUGGGCAGAUGCAGAGGUCAGGUGUGCCAGCAUCUGUUCCACUUGGGCCAGCUCAUCGGCACUGAUAUAAUCCGCAUCUGGGGAGUGGUAGGUAGUGUCAAGUCAGAGGUAGAUGAGGAUGUCAUGACUUUUAAAUAUUCCCAGCCUAGGACUUUGCUGUUCUUAAGGUUCCUGACCUGAUCCAGCCCCAGAUCUCCCUGACCCACCCCACCAGCCCACUCACAGCUCUGCAGGGAGAAGCGCUUCCGGUCAGGGGCUGGCAGGGCAGUGCCAGGUGCUGGGGGCUCUGGCUGUCCCAGGAGAUAGCAUAUUGAGCGUAGCUGGAAGCAGGGAUCUGCCAGGAGUACUGAUGUGGCUCGCUCUCUCCUAGGUAGGGGAUGGUGCAAGGGCAGUCAGAAGGCUUGGGGCCUGGCUAAAAGUAGUCUCUAUUGGGAUUGCCAAUGAGGAGUGCCACGGCUUGUACAUAAUCACCGCCCCCCUGCAUCCUUUCCGUGUCCCUGCUUCCCAAGCCCCAAGUCCUGUAUUCUAGUAAGGUGCCACACAGCCUGGGGUCUGAGAUGGAGUCUGGCUCUGUUGCCCUGGAGUGCGAUGGCGCAAUCUAGGCUCACUGCAACUUCUACCUCCUGGGUUCAAGUGAUUCUCCUGCCUCAGCCCCCGGAGUAGCUGGUAUUACAGGCGCCCACCACUACGCCCGGCUAAUUGUUGUAUUUUUAGUACAGACGAGGUUUCACCAGGUUGGCCAGGGUGGUCUCGAAUUCCUGACCUCAGGUGAUUCACCCGCCUCGGCUUCCAAAAGUGCUGGGAUUACAGGCGUGAGCCACCGCACCCCGCCUGGGGUACCACUUUAAGAGGGCUCAGGGGAGCCACCUUAAGAUAGAGUCCAUCUGCCCCAUAAUGUAUCACUCAAAUAAGUCAUUUCAAAUAAACACUAACAGCAGCUUGGAGACAUUC